AUGAGCGCCAGCGAUCCUCCGCCACCAGCGCUGUCCGCUCCCCGUUCGUCACCGACGGCUGCCGGUAGCCCUUUAGCUCCGUGGUCUCGCAGCGGCCGCGAGGAGCCUGCCAUGGCCAUCUACUGUAGCGAAGCCUUUAGCGUCUAUCCGCAGACAGCCACCGCCGCUGCGGGCCCCUCGGGGCAGAGGCCUUCCGCUGCGACCUAUGCGCUUGGCGACUAUGGGGCACCGCCGGGAGCCGCCGGGUACCUGUGGGGAGUGAGUAGCGCUGGGCCCUACGUGCAAAGUACUGGCGGCGGCGGCGGCGGCAGUAGUGGGAGCUCGGGCGCGUCUUUUUUGCCCUACGGCUGCCCUCCCAGGGCCGUCGGGGGGCCACAGAUCUUGGCUUCGCCCGGUCCUACAUCGGGCUCUGGCUCAACAACCGAGCUGGGCUGGCUUAGCCUGGCUAGCCAAGAGGAACUGUUACGCCUGGUGCGACCGCCGUACUCUUACUCGGCACUCAUCGCCAUGGCUAUCCAGAGCGCUCCGGAGCGCAAACUUACGCUCAGCCACAUCUACCAGUAUGUGGCCGAGAACUUCCCCUUCUACAAGCGCAGCAAGGCCGGCUGGCAGAACUCCAUCCGCCACAAUCUCAGCCUGAACGACUGCUUCCGCAAGGUACCGCGGGACGAGGACGAUCCCGGAAAGGGAAAUUACUGGACCUUAGAUCCAAACUGUGAGAAAAUGUUUGAUAAUGGGAAUUUCCGCCGCAAGCGCAAGAGACGUUCUGAUCCCAGUGCCUCUGGAGUGGCAUCCAGUGUUUCGACCUUGGGGACUCUGAAGACUCAGGAAGGUAUCCCCAUCAAUUUAGACCCUGGAAAGCCCUGCAGUGACGGUCCUUCCUCAGUUCUGGAGCCAACAACCUCUCUGAGGGACACCACAAAGAGCAGCUCUCCACCUGUGGUUGCCCCACCGACCCCAAGCUGCCUCAGCACCUUUUUCAGCAGCAUGAACUCCCUCAGCAGUGGAUCUCGUCUUCCCGAACUGCAGCAUCGAAGCCACCCCACUGGCCCAAAUAGAGGCAGCAGUUUCAACCAGGAUCCUCCUUCGACAGAGCAACUGCAACGAGUCUCGGGUCCAACUGGCACCUACUACAGCCAUUUUCAUCCUAGCAGUGGAGGCCAGUCAGGACAGUACAAUCAUUUAUACAACUUCACAGUCAACAGCCUGAUCUAUGCCCGGGAAGGCACUGAAGUAUAAGGCUGAUUGCCCUGACCUAGCAAGGCAGGCUAGAGAGCUUCUUCAUUUUUCUAAUUUUGAAACAAAGUGUGCAUCAAACAUCUAGAAGGUCCAGGAGCAGAAAAGAUUUUGGAAACCUGCUGUUUGAAAAACAUUGUAUAGUUUUCUGCUGUUUUUAUCUAUUGCAA